AUGGCAGCAGCAGAAAAGCCAACAGUGUUAAUUGUUGGAGCAGGUCUAGGAGGACUCAUGCUCGGAGCCCUGCUGGAGAAAAUCAAUGUGCCCUACUUCAUCUUUGAGCGCACUUCCGCCAUCAAGUCCUUGGGUUCGGCAAUCUCAAUCGGAUCUCCAGUUCUCGCCUUGUUUCAACAGCUUGGCAUUUAUGAGGAACUUGUCAGCGUCGGUCUUCGGUACACUGGCAUUGCUGCUCACAAAGAAAACUUGGAACCUUAUCCUCUCCAAGACUUUACACCCCUUGAUGAGCUGACUGGAUACUCGCAGUACAUUGUGUCAAGACCAGUCCUGUAUGGUCUUCUUCUGAAGCAGGUCCCAGCACACAGAGUCUUACUCAAGAAGCGGAUCCUAACCAUCUCUGAAGAAGACGACAAGGUGACCAUCCAGGCUGCCGACAACACUGUCUACGAGGGAGAUCUCCUCGUCGGAGCAGAUGGAGCAUACAGUGCUGUCCGCCAACGACUCUACGAGAAACUGAAAAUCAAGGGAUUGCUUCCUGAGACAGACGACGAGGAGCUCCCAUUCAACUGUACAUGCCUUGUGGGUCAGACUGAGCCUUUGGACAUUGAAGAGUUCCCUAUCCUGAAGAACACGUUCAGUCAGUUCCUUACUGUUCGUGGAAUUGAUAUCCCCUACACGUGGGUAGUAUUUACGACCGCCCAGCGCCAAAUCUGCUGGAUGAUCAUUCACCACCUCACCAAAACCACAAGUAAGGCAGCAAUUGACCAACGGUUCAGGAAUAACGAUAACUCAGAGUGGGGGCCUCAUGCCGCCAAACAGAUGUGUGACGAGACCCGAGAUUUCAAGACUCCAAUUAGGGAUGGUGAUAGGUUCUUGACCCUGGGCGAUUUGUAUGAGAGGACCCCGCAGGAUCUGAUUUCAAAGGUCAUGCUAGAGGAGAAGGUGUUUGAGACUUGGUACCAUGGGCGCACUGUUCUCAUUGGCGAUGGUGCUGUUGCCGCAAUGCAUGAUGCAUUGGCGCUCACAAACUUGUUAUACGCCCUCCCCAGCAAGACAUCUGCAGAAAUUCAGCAGAUCCUCUCCGAGUACCAGGAAGAACGUCGCCCCUUAGCCCUAGCAACCUUCAAGAGUAGUCGCAUGCUCAGUCAGGUUCUGAGAAAGGACUUUGUAGGCUGGAUCGCACGAUUGAUAUCGACCAACAUGCCAGCGUGGUUGUGGAGAAUCUUUUUGGGUAGGGCAUUUGCGAACCGUCCUCAGGCGGGGUUCAUGGAGAGGGUUGAGACUAAGGGGUCGGCGCCUCCGAACCCCUCGCCUAGUAUGGAUAAGGCAAGGGCUGUAUUUGAGGAAAGGAAGCGGGAUGCUGUCUUGGUUUGA